CCCCGAGCACGGAGGCCCCCGGCGGCGCCGCAUGGAGUACCCGGCGGCGGGCUGAGCCCUGCCUGCCCGCGGCCCCUCGGGGAGGUGAGUACCGGGGAAGGGGGGGGGGGGGAGCCGCGGGACACCGCUGUCAGCCGCCCCGAAAAGGCUGCGGGGGCACCGCGGGGUCGGGCAGCGCUUCCUCGAGGGGGUGGCGGAGCGCUGAGCUCGGCCGGAGGGGUCUGUCUGUCCCGGCGGUGGUAGCAGAGGGGAUGCUUUGUUCCUUAUGGGGCUGUGGUCCUCGGCACCGUAGCUCAGGGAGCGUCCCAAAGGGCCUUCGGUGGAGAUCUGCCCGUUGGGGAUGGAGGUCUGCCAUUGAGGAAGGAGAUCUCCCACUGGGGAUGGAGGUCUGCCCAUUGGGGAUGGAGGUCUGCACAUUGGGGUUGGAGAUCUGCCCAUUGGGGAUGAAGGUCUGCCCAUUGGGGAUGGAGAUCUCCCAUUGGGGAUGGAGGUCUGCCAUUGAGGAAGGAGAUCUCCCAUUAGGGAUGGAGGUCUGCCAUUGAGGAAGGAGGUCUGCCCACUGGGGAUGGAGGUCUGCCCAUUGGGGAUGGAGAUCUCCCAUUGGGGAUGGAGAUCUCCCACUAGGGAUGGAGGUCUGCCCAUUGGGGAUGGAGAUCUCCCAUUGGGGAUGGAGGUCUGCCAUUGAGGAAGGAGAUCUCCCACUGGGGAUGGAGGUCUGCCCAUUGGGGAUGGAGAUCUGCCAUUGGAGAUGGAGGUUUGCCAUUGGGGUUGGAGGUCUGUCCAUUGGGGAUGGAGGUGCGUCCACUGGGGAUGGAAGGACGGGAGGUGCAUCCACUGGUAACGGAGAUGUGUUGGUUGGGGACGGAGAUCUGUCCAUUGAGGAUGGAGGGAUGGGAGGUGCGUUCACUGGAAACGGAGAGGUGCCCAUUGGGAGGAGGAGGUGCGUCCACUGGGGACAGAGAUCUGUCCAUUGGGGAUGGGAGGUGCGUCCGUUUGGGGUUGGAGGUGCGUCCACUGGGGACAGAAGUCUGUCCAUCAUGGGGUGGAGGUGCGUCUGUUGGGGAUGGAGUUUGGAGACGGGGCUCCAGCAGCGCUCAGUGGCAGUGGUGCAUCACAAGCAAGAUGGUUCUCCCCGUGGUUCUCCUCCCACAUUCAUCCAUUCCUUUCGGGGUGCACGAGAGCCCACGUGCUGCUCCCCAGGAAGGUGCUGACACCCUGCAAGGCACGGGAAGCAAACCCAAAGGAUAUGGCCUCGGGGACGUGGCGUGGCGGCCGUGGGGUUGGCGCUCACGCUUGGUCACCAUGGAGAGGUCGAUUGCAACCUUAGCAAUUCACUGCUUCUGGAGGUGUCGUCGGGCACCGUGGCCAAUCAAUGGCUGACCACAUCCACCCAAAUUUCGGAGGCGAGGCCCAGGAAGACUCAGCCACAGCGAGGAGGUUGGAAGCGGCGUCUCAAGGCCUCCACCUGCCCCUGAGUAUCCCCCAGGCGCUGCCUGUGGUUUGACAGCAUCAUCUCUCUUUUAAGAAAGCCAUCAAAAAGGAACACCACCCCCUUUCCUCUCUGGGGGCCGUUGGCUGGCGCCCGACACGCGCAGUUGGAGGCGCUGAGCCGGAGAGGAGCGGCAGAACCGUCUCAGAGCUGCGAUGAGAUAAAGGAGGAACGUUGUUUUUUUUUUCUUUCUUUCUUUCGAUUAUGGUAAUCGUAGGUGUUGCUUGUAAUGACAGCCGAUAAGAUCUUUUGGAGAGCGGUUCGGAUGGUGUCUGCUCGGGGGUUGCUGCGUGCCUUUUGCUUUUGAAGUUCGGAGGAGCUCGAGGACGCCGCUGUGCUGGAGCCCCUCCUGCAGGACCGGCGCCUUCUGAACGUCCCCCCCGGUCCCUUUUUCUCCCCAGCAGAGCAGCGUGGGGACGGAGCAGCUCCGCUGGGAGCUGCGGGAACGGCUGCCGUGCUGGGAUGCGCUCCGCAUCCCAUGCGCUCCCGGCGCUGAUCCGUCAGCCCAAGGAUGAGGUCAGUUCCCCCAGGGACAUCCAGCGGGCACGGAGCCUUCUUCAUCCGCUUCCGAGGAGGAGGAGGAAGUGCUGGUGUCGGGCAAAAGGAAAGGUCCUCCAGCCUCGUUCCGCUUCCCAAUGGGUUGCCGGGGUGCUGACAGUGCCCGCUUCCCACUUUGGAGCCGUGCUCCAAUCUCUUGUUCCCCAACGCGAGGAGCUGCGCCAGGAGCGCGCAGGUGGAGCCCAAUCUCAGCCCCGAGCUCCUUCCUGCCACCCUCGCCCUCCGAGCACCGCGGGAGCUGCUGGGAGCCGUUGGCCACGCACGGCGGGGACCUUCCUGAGCACCAGCAGGGCGCUGAGAAAGGCAGAGCUGGGAAAUCCCUCCCGCAGAUGUGCACGGCGUGGGGCUCCAUGCAGCCGCGCUCGUCCCCGUGGCAGCUUCAAAGGGGCUGAGCUACAGCGGUGGCGGAGGGUCUGCAUUCAGCCCACGCUCGUGAGCUCGCGCUCUGCAGAAGGGCACCAAAACUGCACCUGAGAGCGGUGGAGCCCCCCAGUUCCAGCAAAUGACGCCCCAAAUUGCAGCGUGGAGGGACAGGAGGCCGCUUUCCUUCGACCCGACUUCCUUAGGAUGGCUAUGCAGACCCGGCUGAUGGGUUAUUUUGGGGAGCUGCAUUGCGCACCGGCCCCUUUCCUGAAGUGGCUCGCUUUGAGACCUCACCAAAAAUCCACUUGAAGGCGGAGAUUGAGCUCCAGGAUGAACGCUGCAGCUGCGUUCCCAUGGGUGCUCUCUCGCAGUACCCACCCCACAGGGGUCCCCAAUGGGAGAGCAUCCCCCCAGCGCUGGGCCAGAGGGGCCGGGGCGGUACUGGGUUUGGGGCUGCGAGCAGCAGGAUGAGGAACAGUCCCAUGUGGGGCUUUUCGGGGGGGGUGCCGAGGAAGUGACGCAGCCCCACGGCUCGGUCUCAGGAGGAUUCUCUGCGGGGACGUCCCCAGCACCGCUCGUGUGGCCGGGAGGAAAACCUCCACCGUGCACAGGGCUGAGUGCUGCGCUGCUGGGCGCGCUCCCUUCCCACGGUGGGAGCGGCGCCGAGCAUCUCUGCAGCCCCUAAAACAUGGGAGCGAGGUGUCGGCAGCGCUCAGCGCCCUGAUCUCUUCCUCCCCGCCUCCCUGCCCUCUUAUCUUCUUCCUCCUCCCGGCCUUGCCCCUUUGCUUUCAGUUCCUCCUGCCCAAAAUACUUCUGGCUGCUGACGGCUGUCCGUAGGGCCGGCAGUAACUCCGAAGCGCCCACGUCAUUCCGGCGUCACCCCCAGCGGGGACCCCGCAGGGCUCGGGGCCGCUUGUGGCCGCCGUGGCCGUGGGGAGAGGCCCCAUGAUUCGGCCCAAGAAAGCCCCGUUUGAUGGCGGGGCUGCUGACUUCAGGCAGCAGCCAGCACGGAUAAAGGCGGGUCUCAUGGUACCGAGUGACGCGUCCCUCCCGUGAGAUUUGCUCCCCCGAAGCCCCUGAGAAGAUGUCAGGGAUGCAGGCCGUUUGGCCAUCCGGUACAGAAUGUAUCGCCAAGUACAACUUCCACGGUACGGCCGAGCAGGACCUGCCGUUCAGCAAGGGAGACGUCCUCACCAUCGUCGCCGUCACCAAGGACCCCAACUGGUACAAGGCGAAGAACAAGGUGGGCCGGGAGGGCAUCAUCCCCGCUAACUACGUGCAGAAGAGGGAAGGAGUGAAGGCUGGCAUCAAGCUCAGCCUCAUGCCGUGGUUCCAUGGGAAGAUCACACGGGAGCAGGCAGAGAGGCUGCUGUACCCACCCGAGACGGGGCUGUUCCUGGUGCGGGAGAGCACCAACUACCCCGGGGACUACACCCUGUGUGUGAGCUGUGAGGGCAAGGUGGAGCACUACCGCAUCAUUUACUCCUCCAGCAAGCUGAGCAUCGACGAGGAGGUCUACUUCGAGAACCUGAUGCAGCUUGUGGAGCAUUACACCACGGACGCCGACGGGCUCUGCACGCGCCUCAUCAAACCGAAGGUGAUGGAGGGGACGGUGGCAGCUCAGGAUGAGUUCUCCCGCAGUGGCUGGGCCCUCAACAUGAAGGACCUCAAGCUGCUGCAAAUCAUUGGCAAAGGGGAAUUUGGAGAUGUGAUGCUGGGUGAUUACCGGGGGAACAAAGUCGCCGUCAAGUGCAUUAAAAAUGACGCCACAGCGCAGGCUUUCCUGGCAGAAGCGUCCGUGAUGACGCAGCUCCGACACAGCAACCUGGUGCAGCUGCUGGGGGUGAUCGUGGAGGAGAAGAGCGGCCUCUACAUUGUCACUGAGUAUAUGGCCAAGGGCAGCCUAGUAGAUUACCUGCGGUCGCGUGGGAGGUCGGUCCUAGGCGCAGACUGCCUGCUCAAGUUUUCCUUAGAUGUCUGUGAAGCCAUGGAGUACCUGGAAGCCAACAACUUCGUCCACCGGGACCUGGCGGCGAGGAAUGUGUUGGUCUCAGAGGACAACAUUGCCAAGGUCAGCGAUUUCGGGCUGACAAAGGAAGCGUCGUCCACUCAGGACACGGGGAAGCUGCCUGUGAAGUGGACGGCACCCGAAGCACUUAGAGAAAAGAAAUUCUCCACCAAAUCGGACGUGUGGAGCUUCGGGAUCCUCCUCUGGGAAAUCUACUCCUUCGGGCGAGUGCCUUAUCCGAGAAUCCCCCUGAAGGACGUGGUGCCCCGGGUGGAGAAGGGCUAUAAGAUGGACCCUCCAGACGGCUGCCCGGCCAUCGUCUACGAGGUGAUGAAGAAGUGCUGGACGCUGGACCCAGGGCACCGGCCGUCCUUCCACCAGCUCCGUGAACAGCUAGUGCAUAUCAAAGAGAAGGAGCUCUACCUGUGAGAGGGCUCUUGGGGGGGUGGGGAGGGUAGGGGGGGCACCUGCGGCCCCAGUGGAGGAGCAGUGGGGGGGGUCCUCCCAGCCCACACAGCACAGAGGGCCACCCAUGGGAGCAACCAGAGGGAUCCCCACCACCGGGCAGCCCCUCCUGGUCGCUUCCAACCUUCCAAAUCGGUCUUCGUUAGGUUUUGUUUCGUUUGUUUUGUCUCCCAGGCUAUUUUUUUUUGGGGUUUUUUUUUCUUUUUUGGAGGGGGGGGGGGGGGGAGGCCGUUGCUUUAUUAUUAUAUUUUUUGUUGUUGUCAUUCCGUGGUGUUAUAUUUUUUUUUUUUUAUUGUUAUUAUUAUUUCGAGCAGGGGAGCCCAGCCCAGCGCUGGGCCGUUUUACUAAAGUACGAAUCCUUAUUUUUUAAUGUAAUUAAAAGACAGAAAGAAAACGAAAACAAAACAAAACAAAAUUAAAAAAAAAAAAAAAGGAAAAAAAAAAAGGAAAAAAAAAAAAAAAAAAGAAAGGAGGCUAAUAAAGAAGAAGAGUAAUAAUAAAUAAGCCAAUGAAACGGACACACACAUAAAGGAAACCCCGAUGACAGAAGUGAUGGUUCCAAGAGGAGACGCUGCAUUGCUGGGAGCACAGCGGUGUCCCCCACGGGCUCUUUUUUUUUUUGGGUUGUUUUGCUUUAAACUUGUUGCAAUGUUUGCAUGCUGUCUCCAGAGGCCUUUUUUUCCAGUCCUGUCCAGUGCUUUAUUCUCAUGUAAUGCUACCGACUGUGAGAUUAAAACUGUAAUAAAACCAUUCCAUACGGACGCGGCA